UAAAACAAUACUAUGAGGUUCACACUAUCAUCAGUGGUCCUCUGCUUCGUAAUAGUGGCCGUAACGGUCACUGCCGUAGAGCUUCCUGAUAAUCCAUGGUGGAAGAACAUUCUUAUCUAUCAAGUUUAUCCGAGAAGUUUCAUGGACAGCGAUGGCGAUGGAAUUGGUGAUCUGAAUGGCAUUACCAGUAGAUUAGAACAUAUUCGUGAAACCGGAGCUACAGCCUUUUGGCUCUCUCCUAUUAAUAAGAGUCCUCAAAAAGAUUUUGGCUAUGAUAUUUCUGACUUUACUGCUAUUGACCCGCAAUUUGGUACAAUUGACGAUUUCAGAGCGUUAAUGAAACGAGCCAAAUCCCUCGGGUUAAAAGUUUUAAUGGAUCUAGUGCCGAAUCACAGUUCAGACCAACAUGAAUGGUUUAAAAAAAGUGUGAGGCGCGUCAAACCUUAUGACGAUUACUACAUCUGGCGAGACGGUAAAAUGGUAGAUGGAGUAAGAUCGCCGCCAUCUAAUUGGCUAUCAUCUUUCGGCGGAUCAUCUUGGGAGUGGAAUGAAGAAAGAGGACAGUACUACUAUCAUCAGUUUGCUACUGCCCAACCAGAUCUCAACUACCGUAAUCCAGCUCUGAAAAAGGAGAUGGAAAAAGUAUUACUGUUCUGGCUGGAGCAGGGUGUCGAUGGCUUUCGAAUCGAUGCUGUCGUUCAUCUAUUUGAAGAUGAACAAAUGAGAGACGAGCCAUUGUCGAGAAGACCUGGAUUCAAUUCAGACGAAUAUGAGUAUUUGGAUCAUAUCUAUACCCGCGAUCUCGACGAGACUUAUGGUGUGAUAGCUGAGUGGCGAAAACUUAUGAACGAUUUCGCUCGUGAGCACAAAACUCAAGCCAAAUACGGCAUUCUCGAAGCAGGAAAUGUUUUAUCCCUGAAUAUGAAAUACUAUGAUUCAGGAAUGGAUCCUUUUAAUUUCAUGUUCACUUUGGACAUCCACAAAGACACUCCACCAGAAGAAUACGUGCAACGUAUUCAAGAAUUGCUCGCAAAUAUACCCUACGGACAGCUUCCGAAUUGGGUUAUUGGCAAUCACGAUCAACCUCGUGUGGCUACUCGUUUUGGACGAGCCGAUCAAAUGAGUAUGUUGGCUUUGAUGCUACCAGGUCUCACAGUUAUUUAUAACGGAGAUGAAAUUGGCAUGGUCGAUCGACCCUUGAGCUGGGAGGAAACCGUCGAUCCAGCAGGAUGUAACGCAGGCCCAGAAAAAUACAAUCAACGAUCUCGUGACCCUGCCCGUACCCCUUUCCAGUGGGAUAACACUACAAAUGCUGGAUUUUCCUUUGGCCGCAAGACAUGGUUGCCAGUUCAUGAAAACUACCAUCAUCUUAACCUUUUGGAUCAACAGCAAGCUCCGAUUUCACAUUUCAAGACUUUUAAACGCAUGAUAAGGCUAAAACAAUCUGAAUUGGUGCAAACUGGAUUUACCGAAAUUAGUACUAGUCUUGACGGACAAGUAUUGGGACUUGUUCGAAGAUUGCCUCAUCGAUCUCCACUGGUUUUAUUAAUCAAUUUUUCUGAAGAUAUGAUAUUCUUGGACCUUGUAGAAUGGAUGCAUUUGCCCGAACGAUUGAACAUUUAUGCGACCAACGUUGAAUCGAACUUGCGAUUGGGAGCUACGGUAUUUACAGAAAAUUUUCUACUGCCUGCAGCAGCCUCCGUAGUACUUGCUGGAGAUGAUCUUGACGUUUAAAAUUGUCCCUAAUACCAAAUUUGAAAUAAUUUAUAAAUCUGUAUUUAAUAUAAAAUUUUCUAGUGGGUUGUUGA